ACACAUAAGCUCGACAUUUUUUAGAUUUUAAAUAGUAGGUAGGACUUAAAUCUACAUCAUCCUGUCUGUGCCGAAUCUGAUAAAGACUUAAGCUUGUUGUUGUUGCCGUAGCUUUGCUACCAACUCUUCAAUUCCUUUUCCUGUCCGGAAAUUUAUGCUAGGGCUAGGCCUUCUGUAAAUUUAUCACUUCAGUGCAGUACAGACGCCCAACCAAGGUUCAGAUCACAUAACAUUCCACCGGUCAACUGAUGAGAGUCUGCAAUGGCAUCUUUAUCAGAACAACCACAUUCACACUGCCAAACAUGCGUCCAGAUGUUCUGUCGUGAAAGGUUACCAUGCGAAAUGAUACAGUGUGAACUCAGCUGCGGUGCAUCGUUUCAUGCAUGUAAGCUGGAGGAACACAACAUUUUAUGCCAGAACAGUUGGGUCAAUUGUGUCAAUUCAGGGUAUGGCUGUCCCCUUACGAUGCCUCGCUGGCAGAUAAUGAACCAUAUUAAAAGAUGUCCAGCAAGUGUGGUUCAUUGUACCAUGGAAUGGAACAGACGGAUUGCUACAUCCCAUCAUCACUUCCAACUACCUGAGUAUUCUUCUCAAAAAGUGCACAGCUCUCAACUUGAUGUCGCCUUAGCUGUAAGAGAUCAACAGGUACUAUUGCAGUCCAGAAGGGAUGCCCGGUUCUUAAAAGUAUCAUUGCCAUCAUCGUUGUCAUCACCUUCAGUACAGCAGAAACCAAAGGAUUAUAUCUAUGAUGUUAAAUGCUCACAUUGUGAUAGAAGAAAAGCAAGAUUUGAAAAGCGGUAUGGUGACCCUCGACCUCAUGGAGAAAAGACCGAAAAUGGAGAGGCUGUUACUUGUACAGAUAAAACAAGAACGAACAGAAAUAGUUGUAUGAACAGUGAAAAGCAUUCAGGAGGAAAUACUAAAGAAGACUGUAAAAAUGAAGUACCACGCCUCAAGAAGUUGUCAGUUGGUCCUUUAAAAGGCAACAUGGCAUCUCUUGAACAGCUGACGCAGGUUUCUCAAGCAGUAGAAGACCACCACCAAGUGACUGUCGAUCUCACUCUUGAGUCAAUGCCAAGAUAUCAACGCAAACCAGACUCUAUGCAUACGUUCCUAUGUGCAAAGGACUUCCGGAGAGAUGAGAUAAAUCACCAUGUCCAGAAUGUCCACAGUGAAAUCCACGCUGGUCUUAAUGGAUGGCUUGAGCAGCGGUGUCCCCUAGCCCAAUAUGGAUGUACCUUCAGCCAACACAGGUUUCACCCAGACAACAAAGGUACAAAGGUAAUUUACAGUCAGGAGAUGGAGAGCUUUGGAGUGAAACCAAAGUCAGUACGCCAUCGGGGAUCUGCAGGCGAUCUCGAUGAGGAAUGUGUGAAAGUGAAUAAGAAUGUUAUAAAGACAAAAUAUGAUCUCAUCGGUACUGACUACAUUAGUCAUCUUCCACUGGAACUUCUUAGGUACAUUGUAAGAAUGUUAGAUGCCUUCAGUAUAUCAUCUCUGUCGCUCACCUCCCAUUUAUUUCGCCAAGUUUGUUGUUCAUUGCUAGAAGAAAAGGGACUAGUUGUGCCAAGAUGGAGCAAGAAAGAUGGGACUUGGGAAGCUAAAACUAUGGUAUGGCGCUUCUCCACAUCGUUUACUGGCAUUACAUCCUGGAAGUUUGGAGAACCACACAUUAUGUCAGAACAUCUUAAAUCAUGUGCUUACAACAUUCGUAUACCAGUUACUAAGGAGCGCGUAAGGGUCAUCACCAUUAGAGGAAGCAGAUAGAGGUCAAUGGACUCCCUGAGAUCUAUUUUGCUCAAUACUGUCAAACCAUGUAGAUUCUUGCGUAACUUGUCUAUGGUUGAAAUCCACCAUUCUACUCCUAUGCUGCCAAUACUAGGUCGAUCAUCAUUCUCGCAUGAAGAUUUUAAUGGCCAGUUGAAGACUUAUCUUUUUAAAUAAUUUUAACCACAAACUUCAGCGUUUUUUUACUUUUGUUCACUCACUUUCGGAAUAAUAGACCUUUCCAGAGUGUCAAGCAAUCUUAACAAAUAUGUGCGUGUCAUACAAACACUAGUGUAAAAAAAUAUGCAUGUGUUUGUGCAUGUUUUUUUACACUGUCAUUUUUGAAGGACCUUAGCAACAAUAUGCAACGGUUGGGAUAGCAAAAAGAUCCGUCACACAGGUGCCCAUAUCAUUAUAAUAUCUGUCAAAUCACUUGCUGGCUAGCCUUCUAAGCUAGUUGGUGAAAUGUUGUGAUGCUAAGUGAAUCUGUUUAUUUUACUGCUUUUGAGUGUUUUCCUUUGUGUAGUUUUUUAAAAUAAUUAUUUAUAAUAUUGAGGCCUUGAAAAAAUGCUUAUUUUGCAGUAGGUGAACAACUACACAAUGAAAUUUUUGAUUAAGCACAGACACUGCCCCAUUGCUUUUCUGCAUGGAGAAAAAUGGCCAGAGAAUGAUUUGUUUGGUUAUGUUUUAUGUGUGACCAGGGUAAUGUUAAAUUGGCACUAGAUUCAAACGAGCCAGAUAAAUGAUUAGUUUAACAAUGAAGUUUUUAGUGGAAUGGUUCAACCAUAAUAGUCCAAUUCAAACAUGAAUAAAGUGUGCUUGGCAAUUAAAA